AUCAGGUUUGGUUGAUAGAUCCAUGUGUUGAUACUUUUAUUAUUUAUAACAAUAACCGACUAAAUUUAUUGGAAUUUAUUUUGUCUAUCUUCAAUUGUUAAAUAAAAAAUAAAGUUCGAUUAAAUAAAUUGUUUUUGGCCAAAUGUUAUAAAAGAAAAAAAAAACAACUAAAAUGUCAAAAAAACCAUAUGAUUGGCCUGAUCAGUGGGAAGAUGAAAAAGAAAUUAUUGGUGUGACAGAAAGUGCUGUUUUUCCUGAUCAUGUUAAUAAAGAAAAUUACAAGCCAAGAACUAUUGUUGAUAAAACCUUGGAGAUACUGGAUCCAACUCCUAAUAUUUACACUCUAUUUGUUCAAUUUAAUAGUAAAUUUUUUUGGAAUGCACUAUUAUCAGUGGAGGUCAAGUGGAGUAAUCGAAUGACUACAUGUGCUGGGACAUGUUCUUUUCAUCCACGUAAUCGUGAAUGUGUUAUAACAUUGAGUGCACCAUUAUUAAAAUUACGUCCACGAAAAGAUCUUGUUGAGACUCUACUUCAUGAAAUGAUACAUGGUUAUUUAUUUUUAACAAGUAAUAAUCGUGACAGAGAUGGCCAUGGACCAGAAUUUUGUAAACAUAUGAAAAGAAUUAAUGAUUCAGCUGGUACUGCUAUAUCAAUUUAUCAUACAUUUCAUGAUGAAGUUAAAUUAUAUAAACAACAUUGGUGGCGUUGUAAUGGACCAUGUCAACAUCGUGCACCUUAUUUUGGUAAUGUACGUAGAGCAAUGAACAGAGCACCUGGACCAAAUGACACUUGGUGGAAAGAACAUGAGCGUAAUUGUAAUGGUACAUUUAUUAAAAUAAAAGAACCAACUAAAGAUGAUAAACCAACAAAUAAAAAAGAUGAUAAAAAAAUACCAAAUAGUCAAAAAUCACCAAUGGAUAAAUUUGUAACAAUAACAAAAGAUCCAAGCAAUAGUAAUAAUAUUGUAUCAAAGCCAUCAACUUCUAGUUCAUCAUCAGGUUUUGUUAAACUUGGUACAAAUACAAAUAAAGUUCAUGGAUUUGGAACUGGUGGUCCAGGUUCAACAUCUUCAUUAAAAUCAGUUACAUCUUCGACCAGUACAUCAACUAGUACAAAAUCACCAAGUUUCAGUUGUUCUGGUACACUUGGUGGAGCUGGAAAUGGUAAAAGUAAUUUAUUAGAAAAAUAUUUAACUCCAAAAAAUGAUGUUAAAAGUAAAAAUGGUUUUGCUAGCACAAAUUAUGAUAAACCAAUAUCAUUAAUAUCACCACCAAAAAAAAAACCAAGCUCACUUGCUGUACUUUUAACACCAUCACCAUUAAUAUCACCACCAAAAAAAAAACCAAGCUCACUUGCUGUACUUUUAACACCAUCACCAACUAAUGGCAAUAAAAAUCCAAUGAAAAUAAAUGAUGCUGGUACAUCAUCUUCAUGGUUAUCAAAAACACGAAAAACACCAAGUUCACUUGCUUCACUUUUAUCUGAUGAUGAGGGUGAUGAAUCAACGCCAUUAACAUCAACACCACAACCAUUAAAACGAAUGAGACAUGAUGAUUCAAAGCAAUCUUGUCCAAUUUGUUCAAAUCUUUUUUCUCCAGAUGAAAUGAAUGAACACAUUGAUCUAUGCUUGUUACUUGAACAUGAUACAGAAAAAACAGUCACAUCAAAUACAAAAAUUACAGAUGAAAUGACAAGAUCAUCUAGUAGUAGUACUACUUCAACAAGUGACAAUAAAAUUACAAAACCUCGUGAAAAAUUAAGUAAAUGUGCUAUUUGUAAAAAAAUGGUGUACAUUUCAUCAAUGAAUACUCAUAUUGAUAGAUGUUUAGAUAAACAAAGAGACCUUGAAAUUCGUGCAAAAACUAUUGAAGUAUCUGAUGAUGAUGAUGACGUUAUUGAGGUCAUUGAUCAACCAUCAACAAGUACACAAAAAAAAUCAUCAAAUAAAAAUGAACAAAUUUAUUUUAUUUGCUGUGUUUGUGGUGAACGUGUUAGUAAAAAAAUUUCAUUAAGAACUCAUCUACAAACUUGUGUUUCUAAUAUAUAUGAUGAAUCUGGAGAUGACAUGGCUCGUGAAGAAAUGGAAAAAAAUAAUGGUAAAUAUCCAUGUCCUUCUUGCAGUAAAAUGGUUGAAGAAAAAUUGAUGAAUGUACACUUGGAUAAUUGCAUUUUAUAG